AUGCCUUCCAUGAACAUGUUCACUAGCUUGCUAGCAACGGCUAGCCUGAUGGCUUCAGGCGUGUAUGCUGCCGAAGCCUCCGACAUGGGUGCUGCGGCAUUCCUGUGGCCACCCGACAGAGCCUGGGGAGCCACCUGGGACACCACAGCCCCCUGCGGUUCAUCAGCAGGUGUUACGAACCGUACCGAAUUUCCUCUCACAAACGGUGCCGUUUCUAUAGUCCUUCAGGACGAAUCAUAUUCUGUCAACCUUGCUAUCUCCUUUGACAAUGACCCCACCAAGAAUGCCGACUUUACUACCGUUGUGGCUGGAAGCCGCUUUCCCGACGUCGAGCCCGGUCAUGAAUGUUAUUCAGUGCCCAACCCACCGUCCAACAUCACUUCCGGGUCCAACGCUACUCUUCAAUUGAAAUAUAUCUCCGACUUCGACAAUGACGGUAAUGAGACGUACUAUGCCUGUGCCGAUAUCACCUACGUUCCGUAUAGCUCAUUCACUACCGACAUCCCAUGCUUCAAUGUCUCGGAGGCAGACACGAGCAGCUCGUCUUCGUCGUCGUCCUCUUCGGCAACCACAUCGACUAGCAGUUCCAGCAGCAGUAGCUCGGGAGGCUCGAAUGGCCUUUCUGGAGGCGACAUUGCAGGAAUCGUGGUGGGAACAGUAGCUGGUGCUGCCCUGAUAGGUGCAGCUGCAUUCUUCCUGGGUCGGUACUGGCAGAAGAGGGUUCAACGCGAACAUGAAGUCGCUAUGAACAUGAUGAACCCGGUGCAGAAGACGUGGUCGGCUUCGACGGCGGGUCGCCAGCAGCAACAGCAGGCAUAG